AUGACCCUAUUUCGCUGCACCCACGGCAGUGGACGAGUGAGAAUGGGCGAAGUGAAGCAUUUAGGACUGAAAGUUCCUGAACCAGCAAUUACCACGGCUAUUCUGACUGUUUUCAUUGACAACUAUUCAGUUGAUCUUAAUCUUUAUAAACUGGAUGGUGCUGAAGAGCUUUACUUUGGUACUGGAGAACCGAGUAAGCUAGCUAUAGUCGGGAAAACUCCGAGGAAGCCGAAAUGGGAGUGCAGAGAUGGUAGAGAAGGCGCAUUCGAAGUGAUAUCGACGUUAAUCAAGCCGAUACUCAAAAAUGUUCCCAAUCGACUGAGUGACUAUCUCUCGGAAUCGACUUCUCAAAGUAGUGUACGGGAAAGGCUAAACGAGUUGGUCUAUCCGGUGGUGCUUGAGCUGCUACAAGAUCUUGGAGAGGUUGCUAAGAGGGAGAGCAGGAAGAAGCGGCACAACCCGAGUGAACCACCAAUGAAGCCCUUAUCAGGAUGUAUAACAAGCGAUAUAACCGAAUUGGUACUGAUACGCUUAUCAGAAAGACUUCGACAAGAAUACGGUACAUUCAACACAACGCUGAACUUGAAUUAA